AAAAUUUAAUUGAAUUAAUUUCUCUUUGAACGAUAACGAACUUGAAAAAAAAUUUAACUAAUUCUGAUUGUAGACGAUAAAUGCAAUCGCUUUAAUUAUAGUAACAAAGUUUUACCGUUAAUGUCCAAAAAUAAGAGGAUGACACGUUAAAUAUAUACACACAUUCACUUUUCGGUCGGAACUCGUGAGUGACCCGUAUUGAUGGACAUUUAUAGUGGUAUAAAAAGGCCUACAAAUGAAUGAAAGUGUAGCACUUAUAAUUUGAUCGUUGAUCGAGUUUGGACAAAUUAACGGAAAAAGAAAUCAGAGUCAAUUAAAACACCAUGAACAUGAAACCAGCGAUUUUCAUUUUCUUGACCAUCAUUGUGAUGACCAGUGCAAAGUCGCUCGUUCAAUCCCAAAUUAUCGGAAUGUCCAUUGAUAAGAUGGACAAGGAGGGAACUAAUCAACACAGUGUACUUAAAAUUAGAGAUGCGGCCAAAUUGAUUACCAACGAUAUCGCCAAUACUGCUCGAAAUAUCAUCUUAUUACCCGCUCGUUUAACUAUGUUAUUGGUAAAUCGACCUAAUCGGCCCAAUCGGCCGAUGCGUUUCCUUCGUCCACUACUUUCGGUGCUCAAUGGACAAUCUCUUUCAAACAGUAUUCCAGCCGCUCAAGAACCUGCGACAUCAAGUGUACAAAGUACAACAAGUACUCCAGUCGUAGGACCAAUUAUAAUACCGAUCGCUGGAACCAUGUGAAAAGUUGACCUUAUCCCGUGUUCGAAAUGGUGUUCCGAUCAUAUUGGAAAAUGAACAAAAAAAACACCACAAUUUUUUUCUCCGUCAAUAUUUUUUUCGAAUCGUUUUUUUUUCUUCCCAAAUUAUUUGAUAUUAACUUUGGUUCCUAACAAUUAACGUCAUCUUCUUCUUGUCUUCGUCUUCGUUGUGUCCAAUUUACUAAUUGUAAAUAUCGAGAAAAUCAAAAUCUCAAGUACAAAAAUUUGUCCCCUCUCUAGAUCAUCCUUGUGACCACUGUCCAGUUAAUUGUUCUCAUUUACUGUAAAUUUUUCCAACUUGAUUACUUUUUUUUCAAUUAAAAAAAUUGAUUAUAAAUCAAAAA